AUGGCCAACAAAGAAAACUCGCAACCCACAGCGAAGGCUAAUGCCAGUGGAUCAGCCAAAUUGAUGAAGCCAACAGGUGGAACUCCGAAGACCGCUGGAAAGACCAACAACACUACAAAACAAGUCUUAGCUGACCAAAAUGCAGAAUUAGCAGGAAAAAUCAAAGAGUUAGAAGCCCGUUUGGCCCGAGAGAAUGCUGCCCGUGCUGUGGCCGAAAGAGCAGUACAGGAGGCAGAUGCUGCAAAAAGAGCUGCCGAAGAAAAUAUUAAAAAUAUGACCCGGUCAGACCACGAUGGACAAACAGAUAAAUUGAUCCCCUGGCCUACAACUGCUAAUAUGAGGGAUGAUGGUCGUGGACGGUUGAUGAGAGCUAUGGGACUUGAAGAUGCCAGAAAUCAAUACAUUUCAAUCCAGGGCGACGUGCACUUGCUGUGUGCCCAAGUAGGACUUGACUUCAGGACAAAAUAUGUUCAUCAACCUGCAGAAGUUUUGAGUAAAAUUUUCAAACUAGCCCGUCGUGAGCACCCUUACCUCAAGCAGUUCCAGAAUGACUGGGCUACAGCUGAGAUAACAAAGCAGUAUCUGCAAAACAAAAGAAAACAAUCCAACCACAAGAGGAAGGCUCAAGGUGAGGGGAACAGUAGUCGAUGCAAGACACAUUCUCAUUUCGAUGUGAGUGGUAGUGAGUCGGAGGAAGAAGCCAAAAGCAGUGAGCAUGGGAGUGGCGACGAGAACAACGAAGAAGACAAUACAGGCAAAUCAGGAUAA